CAAACUAUAUAACCGCCCCGCUUCUCUCUCUCCGUCUGUAAUCAAGAUUCUUGCCGAAGAAGAAGGCUCCAAAUGCCGCAAUUCGAUCAUCACAAUAUUAUCCUCGUCAUCACCAUACUUUGUAUAUUCCAAUUCUCAACGUCUCUAAAGAUCGGAGAAACAUGUUCCAUGGACGACGACAAAUGCGACGACGGGUUGCGGUGUGGAACGUGCCCUGCUAGUGGCAAUACCCGCCCUAGAUGCACUCGAAUCCAUCCAAUCAAUCCUACUUCGAAGGUGAAUGGGCUUCCGUUUAAUCGGUAUUCAUGGCUGACGACUCAUAAUUCAUUUGCGCUUUCCGGUUCAACAUCACCUACCGGUUCCCCUGUUCUUGGUCCCGCCAAUCAGGAAGAUGAUGUCGCCUCUCAGUUACACAAUGGAGUUCGAGGAUUAAUGUUGGAUAUGUAUGACUUCAACGAAGAUAUCUGGAUGUGCCAUUCCUUUGGGGGAAAGUGCUACAAUAUCACAGCAUAUCAACCAGCCAUCAAUGUGCUAAGAGAGAUUCAAAAGUUUUUAGAGGAAAAUCCAAGUGAAAUCAUCACCAUUUUCAUCGAGGAUUAUGUGACAUCAGAAGAUGGAUUGACGAAGGUGUUUAAUGCAUCCGGGCUUAGUAAAUACAUGUUUCCUUUUAAUCGAAUGCCCAAAGAAGGUGGCGAAUGGCCAAUAAUCACCGAUAUGAUCUCCCGGAAUCAGCGCCUGAUUGUCUUCACCUCCAAAUCUACAAAAGAAGCAUCUGAAGGUUUCGCAUAUGAAUGGACAUACGUCGUAGAAAACCAAUAUGGAAACGAGGGUCAGAUUGCUGGUUCAUGCCCUAAUCGAUCUGAAUCUUCUGCAAUGAACACAACAUCCCGAGCGUUGGUUCUUCAAAACUACUUUUCCACUAACCCUAAUGUAACCGGAGCUUGUAUCGAUAACUCCGCUCCACUGAUCUCGAUGAUGAACACAUGCCAACAAGCAGCAGGCGGACGGUGGCCGAAUUAUAUCGCGGUUGACUUUUACCAGAGGAGUGACGGCGGAGGAGCAGCGGAAGCCGUUGAUCAAGCGAAUGGUCAUAUGACGUGUGGAUGUCCGAACAUUGCGUAUUGCAGGGUGAAUGCGACGUUUGGGAGUUGUGAUAUUCCGGUACUUUCACCGCCGCCACCAGCACAGCUGCCGCCGGACGAACCAAUAGGAGGUUUUGGCGAUGGUUUCUUAAUAAGUGCAGCGGUUCAGCCACGGUGGUUCUACGGAGUAUUUUUGUCUGCAUUGUUGUUGUUAUUGGCGUUAGAUUAUCGGUGGAUGAACAUAACAAUGUGGCACGUAAGGUUGUUAAACACACCCUUCAACCCCAAGGUUGUUUAUGAUGGACACCCAACAUUGUUUACCAUUAAGUUGUACCAUGGAGGUGAGUUCACCAAGUACCCUGAUGUUCGUUACAUUGAUGGAACUGUAAACUAUGUUGACAUGGUAGACAUAGAUGAGUUUUCAGUUCAUGAGCUCGAUGCAAUCAUGAAGGGUUUUAGAUAUGGGGUUCCUCCUGUUAUAUACUACCAUUUUCUUGUGCCUGGUGGAGACUUCCACUUUGGUCUUCGCCCUUUAGGAAAUGAUCAAGAUGUUGCAAACUUUUCUCAAUAUGUCAGUGAGCACAAAGUGAUGAAGGUAUACACAGAGCAUGGUGAAACAAGACUACUCACCUAUUUCUUGAAUCCUAAGCCUGUUACCAAGGUUACCCUUGUACAGUUAGAUGAACCACAUGAGGAUGUGCAACACAUUGAUGAAGCUCCUGAUGACCAAUCAAAGGAAACACCUGUGAUGACUACACCUACUGAUAAUUUAGUUGAUGUGGUGCCCACUCAAGCAAACCAACCUGAAAUCCAAGUUAAUGAAAUAGUUCAAGUCGUAUCCUUAUCACCUGGAUAUAAUAGGAGAAGGGGUAUGAGCAAGGAUGGAGUGAUGGCAUCUUGCAGUAAGAAAAUAUACUUUGAUGAUAUUGGUGAGACUGAACAGAUAGCCAAAGACUUUGUUGAGGCAGCUACUGAUUUUGAUAUUGGACUCUACCAACAAAUACUACAAAGCAAUGUUGAUGGAGUCAAUGGCACUGACAUGCAUGAUGUCAAUGAACCUCAGAUGGAUGAAGAAAUCCAACCUCAAAUGGAUGAAGAAAACCAAGCUCAGAUGGAUGAAGAAAACCAACCUCAAAUGAAUGACUUUUGGGAUUUUGACUAUCAAACUGAUGCUUUUGUCCAAGAUGGAAGUGAAAACCAACCUCAGUCUAACAUGGAUAGUAGUGGAAAAGAAAAUGUAAGUGAGGUUGAAAGUAAAGAAAGAAGUGAAACAGAGCAGGAAGAUGAUAGUGAUGAUAGUGAUUAUUGGGUGGAUGAAGAUAAUGUAAUUGAAGAUAUUGAAGUUGAUAUGAGGGAUUUUAACAUGAGCAUUGAUACAGAAGUAGAGUUCUUAGAUAAAAGGGCUAGGAAUCCUAGACAACAUGAGAGUGAUGAAGAAGCAGAUGAGUUAGAUGUCAUUGACAAUGAUGCUUUUGAUUCCAUGGAUGAGGAUUCUGACCAGGACAGGAAGAGAAGAGCAGUUUUGAAACAACUAAGUAAGGAAAAAAGUUGUUCUUUAGGUGAGGUUCAUAAGUGUCAUUUUAAAAUAGGUCAAAAGUAUAACAGUAAGCAGGAGUUGAGAGAGAAAAUCAAAAUACAUGCAUUGGAAACAAAAAAGAAUAUUGCAUUUAAAAAAAAUGACAAAUCCAGAUUGAGGGCCAUAUGUAAUGGAGUUGUGGCAUUUACUAAUGAUGGAGUUGGUGGACCUACCCAAGCUAAAAAAAGUAAAGGGAAAAUUAAAGGGAAAAGUAAAUGGAAAAGUAAAGAAAAGGACAAACAAGGUGGUACAAGUCAGGAAAAAGCAGAUUCUUCUUGUCCUUGGAUGUUACAUGCCUCGAGGUCUACAGAUGCAAGCAGUUGGUACAUUAAAACAUAUGAAGACAAACACACUUGUAUGAAUACAAGGAAGGUGAGAGCUGCAACAGCGAAGUUUAUGUCCAAACAAAUCAUGGAUCAAAGAUUUACAGCGGCUGAUUUAGCAGAAACCCCCACUUCCGGCUAUAGGAAAACCCUAGGAAUCAUGGGGAAGAAAGGGAAGAACACCAAUAAUGGUGAAUCCGAUGUUGAUCGCACUCAGUAUUACGAUAUAACAAUGAACAUACUGUUCGCCAUGGUGUCGGAGCCCUAUUAUCUCCUCCAUUUCCUCACCUUCUUCUCUUAUUUCUCCAUCAGAUUCUCCACUUCUCAAUUAUUUUCUCUUGAAUUCGCCGGACACCUCCUCCGCCGUGAACUUCAAGCGCUUCUUCCAAUCUCAAACAAACCGAUCACUCUGUUUCGUCCUCCAAUGUGGAAGAACUGGAACUUGCAGAUACCCAAUUCAGGGAUUUCGAAGAAUAGUGUUCAAUCCGUUCAAGCAUCUGCGACUUCAUUAAGGUAUUUGAUUGUCGUCUUCAUGGCUACUCUUAGUCUGUUAUUAUUCCUACCGAAAGGCAGUAUUGCCCUCUUGAGUCUCAAGAAAAUGCAAAACCCUACAGUGACCACUGUUACCUUCAGGUUUACCAACCCAAUCUACAUGUCACUUUCUUGUACAUUUCACUUGCUGUGGUUGUGGAUGCUGUCAGAAAAGGUGCAGCUGCAUAAGGCAUGA